AUGGAUAUCAACGAGUAUAGAAAGCAGGCCAAAAAGGCCGUCGAUGAGAUCGCCGACUACUAUGAAUCGAUCCCGUCGCGUCCCGUCCUCGCCGACGUCUCCCCCGGCUACCUCCGCCCGCUGCUCCCCGACGCGGCGCCGUUUGAGGGCGAGUCGAUGGACGCCAUAACCGCGGACCUGCAGUCCAAGAUUCUCCCCGGCAUCACGCACUGGGCGCACCCGGGCUUCAUGGCGUUCUUUGCGUGCACGGCCAGCCACCCGGCCAACAUUGCCGAGAUGUGGUCCAACGCCUUCAACGGCGCCCACUUCAACUGGAUCUGCUCCCCGGCCGUCACCGAGCUCGAGACGGUCGUCCUCGACUGGCUCGCCAAGGCCCUCGCGCUCCCCGAGUGCUUCCUGAGCGGCGGCCCCACGCACGGAGGCGGCGUGCUCCACGGCAGCGCGUCCGAGGCCAUUGUCACCGUCAUGGUCGCGGCGAGGGACAGGUAUCUGGCGCAGGCGACGGCGCACCUGCCCGAGGGCGAGGACAAGGAGGAGCAGACGUGGCGGCACAGGAGCAGGCUGGUCGCGCUGGGCAGCGCCGGCGCGCACUCGAGCACCAAAAAGGCGGCGCAGGUGCUGGGCGUCAGGUUCGACACGGUGCCGGUCGACGAGGAGAGCGGGUACGCCAUGACGGGCGAGGCGCUGGCCGCCAAGCUCGCGCAGCUGCGCGGCAAGGGCCUCGAGCCGUUUUACCUCACGGCGACGUUUGGCUCGACCGACGUUUGCGCCGUCGACGACUUUGUGGGAAUUGCCGCGACGCUAGCCGCUGACAACAACAACAAUAAGAGCAACAGUAAUGGCACCACCACUACCACUAGCAACGGUGAUACUGCUGCUGCUGCUGCUGCUGCUGCUGCUGCGCCCCGCGGCGAGGUCUGGGUGCACGUCGACGGCGCCUUUGCCGGCUCCGCGCUGCUGCUCCCCGAGUACCAGCACCUGACGCCUCCCUUCGCCUCCUUUCACUCCUUCAACUUCAACCCGCACAAGUGGCUCCUCACCACCUUUGACUGCUCCGCCGUGUGGGUGCGGUCCCGCGCCGACCUCAUCACCGCGCUCAGCAUCAAGCCCGCCUACCUGCGCAACGAAUUCAGCGACUCGGACCUCGUCACCGACUACCGCGACUGGCAGAUCCCGCUCGGCCGCCGCUUCCGCUCCCUCAAGCUCUGGUUCGUGCUGCGCAGCUACGGCAUCGCCGGCCUGCGCGCGCACGUCGCCCGCGGCAUCCGCCUCGGCCAGUCGCUCGACGACAAGCUGGCCGCGCGGCCGGACCUCUUUACGCUGUUUACGCGCGCCAGGUUCGCCUUGGUCUCGUUUCGCGUCGUCGGCGCCGACGAGCAGGAGAGGAACGCGCGCACCGAGACGCUCUACGAGACGCUCAACGCGUCGGGCAAGGUGUAUUUGACGAGUACCGUGGUGAAUGGAAAGUUUGCGAUUCGCGUGUCUACGAGCACGGCGGCGGUUCGCGAGGAGCACGUCCAGGCCACGUUUGACUUGAUUGUCAAGGAGACGGAGGCGCUGCUGGCCAAGGUAAAGAAUACGCAGUGA